AUGGAAGAUGCCGUGAAUAAAUACGCUCCUAAUUUACGUAGUCUCGCAGAUAAACUUGAGAGAGCAGUGACGUCACUGAAAUCUUGUAAAGAAAAACAGGAACAAGCAAGAAAACAGCUCAAACGUAACCAAAUAUCAGUAGAACAAGAAGUUAAGCAACACGUAACUAACAUUAUUAAACGUGUAAAACAAGAAGAGCAGAGACUUCUUGCCAAGGUAACUGAGAUAUGUGGUAAGAGAGACAAAGAAUUACAGGCGCAGAUGGAACACAUUGAGUUAGAUUUAGGACGUGCAGAAAGUAUGCAGUCUUACGCUAUCAACUUUCUUCACCAUGGCAACUCAGCUGAUAUUCUAUCACAAAAACAGAAUUUAGAAGUUGGACUGACAGAGUUAGGACAUACAUCCCUAAUAACUCAGUAUGAAAUAGAGACGGACAUUAAAUUAACAUUUCAGGAAAGUGUUUCACCACAGACGUUAUCCAUCGGCGAAGUAAACUGUGAACGUACUGAGAGUUCCCCUCAAGGAAAGGUUGAAUGCAGUUCUAAAGUUAUCACUCCGAACAUGCCACAUGGUACAAUGAAUGUGGGCGGUCAUGGCAGUAAUUUCAUCACCAUCAAUUACAAUAUACCGGAUGGUGUUCAAGGGAGUGAACAUCCUAACCCUGGACAACCAUAUCGUGGUAUGCAGCUGACGGGAUGGCUGAAUAACAGUGAUGAAGGUCGGGAAUUGUUAAGAUUAUUGAAGAUUGCUUUUGAUCAUCGACUCACUUUUACCAUCGGUAAAGACAACACUGUCAUUGAGAAUGGUAUUACUCACAAGCAGUAUAAUCCAUUUUGGUUAACAUCUGGUGGAUGGAAUGAAUACUAUAGAAAAUUACGCAAACAACUUGCUGUUAAAGGAAUCAAAUAA